CGUCAUCCUGCCUCCAGCUCCUCUCCAUCCUCGCCAGGGCUCGCGGCUGCUCCCGGCCCCAGCCCGGCAGGCGAGCUGCCCACCGCAGCCCCCCAGGAUGGCACAGGAGGCAGCCCCCGUCCUGCUGGUUGUCCUUGCCAGGCUGGUGUCAUCCACGUGGCACGAAGGGUCUGGCUACUACCUGGAGAGCCGCACCAACGAGGUGUACGCAGAAGAAGCCGCCCCUGAGCCUGCCCUGGAUUACCGUCGGGUGCCCCAGUGGUGCGCCACGCUCAUCAUCCACCGCGGAGAGGCCGCCUGCUACUCGCCCCGGGGCAGCUCGUACCGCAGCAGCCUGGGGACGCGCUGCGAGCUGAGCUGUGCCCGCGGCUACCGCCUGCAGGGACCCAGCACCGUGCAGUGCCUGCCCAGCCGCCACUGGUCCGGGAUGCCAUACUGCCGGCAAAUCCGGUGCCACGUGCUGCCAGCGGUGCUGCGGGGCUCCUACGUGUGCUCGGCGGGCGUGCAGAUGGAUUCCCGAUGUGACUACACCUGCCUGCCCGGCUACCAGCUGGAGGGGGACCGGAGCCGCGUCUGCAUGGAGGAUGGUCGCUGGAGCGGGAGCGAGCCAGUCUGUGUAGAUCUGGAGCCUCCCAAGAUCCGCUGUCCAGACUCCCGGGAGCGCAUUGCAGAGCCGGGCAAGCUGACUGCCACCGUCUACUGGGACCCUCCCCGCGUCAGGGACUCUGCUGACGGUGUCAUCAAGAGGGUGAUGCUGCGGGGCCCGGAGCCCGGCUCCGAAUUCCCUGAGGGAGAGCAUGUGAUCCGCUACACCGCCCACGACCAGGCUUACAACCGAGCCAGCUGCAAGUUCAGCAUCCGCGUCCAGGUGAGGCGCUGCCCCGUCCUGAAGCCGCCGCAGAACGGGUACAUCUCCUGCACCUCCGACGGCAACAACUACGGUGCCACCUGCGAGUACCUGUGCGACGGGGGCUACGAGCGCCAGGGCACCUCCCUGCGGGUGUGCCAGUCCACCCAGCAGUGGACGGGCUCCCAGCCCCUGUGUGCUCCCAUGCAGAUCAACACAGAUGUGAGCUCGGCCGCCAGCCUGCUGGAUCAGUUCCACGAGAAACGCCGACUCUUUGUCAUCUCGGCCCCGGACCCCUCUAACCGCUACUACAAGAUGCAGAUCUCCAUGCUGCAGCAAGCUGCCUGUGGCCUGGACCUGCGCCACAUCACCACCGUGGAGCUGCUGGGGCAGCCCCCGCACGAGGUGGGACGGAUCCGGGAGCACCGGCUGUCCCUUGGCAUCAUCGAGGAGCUCAGGCGCUUCCUGCACCUCACACGCUCCCACUUCAACGCGGUGCUGCUGGACAAGGCGGGCACCGACCGCGAGCGCUACAUCUCCCCGGUCAGCCCCGACGAGCUCUUCGUCUUCAUCGACACCUACCUGCUGAGCGAGCGUGAGGCGGCCAGGCGGGCACAGAGCGGGGACCCCUGCGAGUGAGCCAGCCCCGGGGAGACCCCCGCCCUGCCCCGCGGGGAUGGACCUUUCCUUUCUGCUUUUCUAGUCGCCACCGUAGAGGAGGAGCAGGGGGCCAAGGAGCUCCGGGGCAGGGGAGCCCCUCUCUGGCCAUUGUGGCGCACAGAGGUGAGCCAGGACCGUGUGCCGGCAGUGUCCCCCUGCCCAGCAGCCAGGAGCUGUUUCCAGCUGGGGAUGGGUCAGGACCCUGGCUGGAGACACUGGAGCGUCCCUGCUCAG